CCAGGGUUCAAUAGGCAACAGAUGGAUUACUAGUCAAUUUCGUUAACUUUGUGGCUGCUCACGGUUAUGAGGUAGCAGUGUAAAUGCAACCCCAUCUGCUGGCGUAAACCCAAGAAAGACAAUGCAGGAUUUCAGACCCAUUGGAUCAAAUACGAAAGUCAAACGGGAGUCUUGGUAUUCUCGUGAGAGCGCGGAGUGUGUACCAAAGUCCUCCAGUUCUGAGAAUUCGUUGGAGCAGAUGAAGCCCCCUUCAAAUUACCAAACCCAGAAUACACUCAUGAAGGGAGACAAUUCACGCUUACAAGAGAAACCUCCCCAAGGCAACUCUGCCCAAGAAGUCAGGAGAAGGCACCACGAGUUACCAAAACGGCAAACAAACAAACACGAGGAUCUUGACAGCGCUGUUGCACAGAUUGAGGAAUUACAGGAACAGUUGGAGGCAACCUAUAGAAAGUAUCAAGUCACUCAACGAGAGCUUUCGAUGGCCAAUACCGAACUGGUGGCCAGUCAACGCUCAAACGCGGAAGUCGUUGCGAAGUUGGAAGAACGGAUUGAGCGUCUAACCAGACAAUUGGGAUCGGUUCAACAUAAGGGCAUCAAGGAAACCGCUGCAGAAAUACGAGAGAUCGAAAAGGCGGAAACAGAAGCAUUGCACGAGUCUGUCCGGGAAUUGAGAAAUGAAGUUGGUUGGUUGAAGUAUCUGUCCACGACAUUACAAGAAACGUGCAAUUCACUAAAACAAGAACUUGCUGAUCGACAAGACACGGAGGCAGAAUUAUCACAAGCCCGUGCAGAAAUCAACAGAUUGCAAAAAGAGCUCACCAUGUGCCGGAAAAUCCGAACCAAUCAGAAGGCAGAUAGCGGACUUGAUGAUUCAAGUUGCGAAUUCGUGUUACAAGAUGAUCAGAACAGAUACAGAAGGCGGGUGCGUAAACUAAAAGUUGAAAACCGGCGACUAUAUCGACUGGUGGAGCAGUUGCGGUUACAACUGUCCCGCGCCGAUUCCACAUACCACUCUGAUUAUUAUUUUGUAACAGGCUUUUGAAAUGCAUUCACUGUUUUUCAACGAUCCAAAACGCGGCUUCGCAUUUGCCUUUUCC